CUAGCAGUCAGCAUCUAUGUAGAUGUUCUUUCCUCCUUUUGUGCAACACCCCUUUCCUCCUACAGACCACCCAAGCCCUAUAAAUAAUCCAAGGACUGUAUUUUUCCUCCAGAUUUCUCUUCAGACCUCAAAGGAAAAAUAUCAGGCAGAGGAAGGGAGAGAGGGAGAAGGGAAAGUGAGGAAGGGAGAGAGAGAGAGAGACAGAAAGAGGAAAGAUGGCUAGUGAAUUCAAAAAGAAAAUAUUCUGGAGGGCAGUGGUGGCAGAGUUCCUGGCCAUGAGCCUUUUUAUUUUUAUCAGCAUUGGCUCGGCUCUGGGCUUCAACUUCCCCGUGGUGGCCAACAAGACAUCGACGAGGUCCCAGGACAACGUGAAGGUGUCGCUGGCGUUCGGGUUAUCCAUCGCUACGAUGGCGCAGAGCGUGGGCCACAUCAGCGGGGCGCACCUGAACCCCGCUGUCACCCUGGGGCUGCUGCUCAGCUGCCAGAUCAGCAUCUUCAAGGCGCUCAUGUACAUCCUCGCCCAGUGCCUGGGGGCCGUGGUGGCCACUGCCAUUCUCUCGGGAGUCACCUCCUCUCUCCCAGGAAACUCCCUGGGGCUUAAUGCUCUUUCGGAGGGAAUCAACGCAGGCCAAGGGCUGGGCAUUGAAAUCAUCGCCACCUUCCAGCUGGUGCUGUGUGUCCUGGCCACCACAGACCGCAGAAGGAACGACGUCUCGGGCUCAGCUCCUCUGGCCAUCGGGCUCUCCGUUGCCUUGGGACAUCUCCUCGCUAUCGAUUACACUGGCUGCGGAAUCAACCCGGCCAGAUCUUUCGGCUCGGCGCUGAUCGCCAACAACUUUGAAAAUCACUGGAUCUUCUGGGUUGGCCCAAUCAUUGGAGGAGCAAGCGCUGCCCUGAUUUACGACUUCAUCCUGGCACCCAGAACCAGUGACCUCACCGACCGCAUGAAGGUGUGGACCAGCGGCCAAGURGAAGAGUACGACCUGGAAGGGGAUGAUAUGAACUCCCGGGUGGAAAUGAAGCCAAAAUAAAGAAGGGCAUGGAGAGAUGAAAAAUUAAAAAAAAAAAAAAAAAAAAAAAAA